GGUAGACGAGCUGGAAACAUCCGCGAGUCAGAGCUCCAACAUUUUAACAGCAAGAACCCCACAACUCUGAGUCUCUUCAAAUCAAUUUACUCACUCACAUCAAGGUUAGUUCUUUGGAAAGCUUCGUCACUAAUAAUCAAUCAUGCUUUGGGGUACCCACACUUCCCUGUACCCAGAGCUCAAUUCCAUCGAAAAAGAAAACCUUGAGUAUGCGCUAUCCCUCGCCUUCUGCGGUUUUUACGACGAGGCCGAAAACACCUUCCAGGCAGAGCCACUCUCGAAAAGCCUACAUCCGCUGGUCAAGCUUGAGCUAGCACUGAUGUACGAUGCGAUGGGCUUGGAGAAUGAAUGCUCUAAAGUUCUUCAUGGAUGUCGAGUUCCUCUCGAGCGACAUGUUCCUCAGGAAGGUGCCAAUAUCUGGGAUCUCAUAAAGCUCAAGUGUAUUUCCUCAGAUAUCCUUCGUCUAGGGAAGGUGCCUGCAUCGAACCAGAAUGACGUGUUUCUGAUUAUGAGACGUCUAGCGUCUAAAAAUCUAUCCGAAUAUGGAGACAUUGAGAUACUCAAGUUAGCUAGGAGCCAGAGCAGUAUCUCAAUGGCAGAAGAACCCCCAGCAAUGUUUCCACUGCCCUCACAUCUUCACGUUGCGUUGGAAGAUUGUGGAAGGGUUGAGCUCUUUCACCCAUACCUACCCUACGAGGCCACCUUAAGCGGAAAUAAAGGAUUGAAGAGAGUUGAGCCUUAUAAAAAAUACAUUAGUGCGCUGUCAUCCCAACAGAGUCCGGGAAUCAGCCCGCUGAAGAUGGCUGAAACACGAUUGUUCUUUGCAGAGACCCUCGCAUCUAUUGACAUGGACAACGCUAGAGAAGAGCUCAAUAUCGCUUCACAACUCCUCGCCGAAUGUGGAAUUCCAUGUCCACGCUUAGAGCUGAAAAAGAAGGCCGUCAACCUCGAGUUGACAAAAGGACCAACCGAUGUUUCGCUCACUCUUUCUAAUGAGAUCUGCAAAGGCUUCAUUGAAAUGAAACAUCUCGCCGGGUAUCGGAAGCAACUCCAAAAAUCAUAUGCAAUUGCAAAAUCAACAAAAGAGAACAGCGAGAAUGCUUCUUCACAGCAGGGACGAGCGGACGAAAUUCGUCGUAUCAUUCUCGAAAUGAUUACUCUUGAAGACCAGCACACUAGAUCAGCUUUCUUCCUUGCCUCGUCGCUCAUUUCCUAUGGCUCAGAAAUCGCAGGCCCGGACGUCGGGGCCAAUGGAGCAACCUUCCUAACAAUCUUUGCCAAAUUCCGCGAUACUUUUCCAGAAUUUUCGUUGCCUAUGUCAGCGAAUACACUCUAUUCCUUCGCAGCAAAAGCAGCUCUGAAUCUGGGGAACCUGACGCAGGCCGCCGAGUAUUUGGAAAGAAUGGAAUAUUGGCAGAAACAAUGCCCUGGCGCGACCGGUAGUAAGAAUUCAUUGCCUGAUGUCUCGGAUGAAGAGGCCAUGGUGCUCUGGGAUAUCGAUACUGACAGGAACGACUCGAAAGGUUUCCUAUCUUGUCUUCAAGAAAGAUGUAUCGCUUUGCUAUGUCGCUGGAUUGGUCGGGACAUCGAAAAAGGUAUCAUACCAGAGCCCCAUGCUCAAGCCUUGUUGAAAUUAAAUGGUCAAGACAUGCCGGAUGCAAAAACCGUACAAAGCAUCGACACUCGCCAGCUCGUAGACAGAAUCUUUGGAAAUGUCGAACCCGCAUCUGUAGCCCAUUGGUCUGACUGGUUUAACAACCUCGAAAGAUGGGUAAAUCUGCAAGCCGGACACCCAUCCACGAUGCAGAGGCAGCUUCUUCUAACACAAUUCCAACAUACCCGAGUAUUGACGCUGACUACAUUCGAACCCUGGACGCUAUUACAUAGAACCAAAUAUCUCCAAGAGACAACGAGGUUGUUGAAUAUAUACACUAAAGUAGACAAGCGAAUAUCGGAAGGUGGCAGCAUUGAAAAAGCCCGUUGGCUAUACGGGCACAGUACACUCUGCCUGGCAUCUUUGAAAGACUUUACCGGAGAAAAUGCUGUUUCGGAUCAGGACUUGAUUAACGCAGUGACUUGGAUAAAGGCAGAUGCUACGGCACUGGAAGCUGAAGGCAAGAUUAAAGAUGCGUACAACAGUAGAGUUCUCGCCGCUAGAUUGAACUGGCAAAGAUACGCACGCUUCAAGUCCAUAUCACCAUGGGCCUGCCUGUCCGAAUGGUCUCAAGCCGACAACCUAUACCAAGCUUUGCGAGCUGAUCAUUACCUCUUGCCAGCUCAUCGAGCCUUCGUAGCUAAAGAAAGUUUAGCUGGAGCUGUGAAUUACAACGCAAAUGUCAAAGAUGCCAUGAUGGCUUCUUUAGCCUCUCUCAUCGAAUUUCUAGCUGCAUCUAUAGAUAACCUGCAAAUAUUGGUCGAGGAUUCGACGUACACAUUCAUAUGUGUGGAAUUGACAUCUUGGAUUCAGCGGUCUAAAGCCCGGGCACUGACGGAUCUCCUUGGACAAACAACUAAUAUCCCGCGAUCGGUUGGGCGACUGUUCCUAGAAGAGCCAAGUGCAGCGGCUUUGUGGGAGGAUUGCCUUGCCACAUUACGUAGAAGAGAAAAUGCAUCGAUAAAAGAGUUGGUUGGGGUGCGAGACGAGUUUCAACGAAUCACAAGACAGCUUCGUAGUGAGCAUCCACGGAUUCAGCCUUUCCUUGACAUCCAUAGCGGAGAAGCCAUCUCUCCGAGUGAACUUGAGAAACUUGGCCAUACUCUAGGGCCCUCUGCUGUCAUGGUCGAAUGGGUCCAUGCUCCAACUUUCCCAAACGAUAUAUUCUUAGUUGUGUACAGGGAAGGCAUUAUUUCGCGAGUGCGACCGUUGGAGGGCAUAACCAUGGCGGAGGUGGACGACUGGAUCGAAAACUACUUACACGUAGAAGAGGACCCGGGAAUGCCAAGUGCAGUGCUGAACGAUGGACAAGCGAAAGAAAAUCUUAACGAAUUGAAACCUCUCGUAAAGCUUCUCGCCGAGCUUACGGAGAAGGGCGAGACGCUGGUUUUGUGUCCGACACAAGGACUUCAUCGCCUCCCACUCCAUGCUAUAUCCCUUGGAAAACCAUCACAGCCCUUAAUCCAGAGGAACCCAGUCGUGUAUAUACAGAGUCUAUCGCUUUUACGACUCUGCCAGGAAUCAUUUCAACAGCCAAUUUUAGAUACUGAGUCUCCUUUCACUGCUACCUUGUUCAACACCUUAGGGCAAUCCCAUAAAUCUGAAGAAGAAUUAUCAAUGAAAGAAUCUAUAACUCAGAUAAGCCAGAUUCUUCACACCCACCCCAUCGACCAGCCUGUUGGAGCAAAAAAUGCUUUUAGGUCCCAAGCGCUGCAAUCGAAUAUCUUGCACAUUCACGGCCACGCUGAUUUUAAGAUUACAGGGAGGGAUGUUCGACAAAGCCUUCUCCUGCGAGAACCGCCACUCUCCGAAGAGGAUAUACUGGGGUUUGAAGAUAUUUUCGACCUUGAGUUCCGAAAACCGUCCCUCAUGCUCGCAAUGUGCUGCAACACUGGCCGCGCAAAGGUGUCUGAGUCGGAUGAUCUGCUUGGCCUAACUGCCGCGUUCCAUGUCGCUGGGGCUGGCGCCGUAAUUUCGACGCUAUGGAAGAUUGAUCGGAGGGACUGUUUACGGUUUUCAAAGGAGUUUUACAGAAUUGUCAUGGAUGGAUUACAAAAGGGUGAGGGCGAAGGCGGCGGGGAAAGCGGCUGCGUCAACUUAGCUCUAGCAUUUCAACAUGCUGUGUGUACACUCAGAAAGGAAGAAGAGUCUAAGCGGUCGACGCAUCCAUAUCAUUGGGCUGGGUUUGUAUUACAUGGCGCCUGGCUUUUUCCUCGGCUGCGGAUAGUUUGA